GGGCGGAGCGCAGCGCGGGCCUUUAUAAGCCGCCGCCCCGCCAGCCUCAGCGUACAUCGCGCUGAAGCUUUGAAUUGAAGUGUUGAAUCCGCGCCUCCAGGCACCGGUUAAAAUGGCAUCAGACGAGGGAAAACUCUUUGUCGGUGGACUGAGUUUUGACACCAAUGAGCAAUCAUUGGAACAAGUCUUCUCUAAAUACGGACAGAUCUCUGAAGUCGUGGUGGUAAAAGACAGAGAGACUCAGAGGUCCAGAGGGUUUGGGUUUGUUACGUUUGAAAACAUAGACGACGCUAAAGAUGCCAUGAUGGCCAUGAACGGGAAGUCUGUAGAUGGACGUCAGAUCAGAGUUGACCAGGCUGGCAAAUCAUCAGAGAACAGAUCUCGUGGUUACAGAGGGGGAUCCUCUGGGGGCAGAGGCUUUUUCCGUGGGGGCAGAGGUCGGGGCCGUGGUUUCUCCAGAGGUGAGGGAGGUGGAGACAGAGGUUAUGGUGGCAGCAGAUUUGAUUCCAGAAGCGGUGGAUACAAUGGUUCCAGAGACUACUAUAAUAGCAGCAGGAGUCAAGGUGGCUAUGGCGACAGGUCUUCAGGAGGAUCCUACAGAGACAGCUAUGACAGUUAUGGUAAGUCUUGGGUCAACUGGGAAUGAGUUUUGUAUGGCUGUAGGAACUCUCUAAACCUCCUCACCCUCUCCUCGAGUCUGGAAGCACUCUGUAAGGCUCGGGACUUGUUGCUAUUUGUGCUGUUCUCGCCCUUUUUAAGAACCAAAUCUGCCGAGGCUUUGGACACGCGGUCGUUGCCGUUUAAAAACCCAACCGAAAGAGUUGCUAAUUUGUAAUGCAUGUGUGUAGGAGUUGCUUGGAUCUUAAGGCAGAGCAAGUUGCUUUUAAAAACCAAUUUUCCUCAA